AUGCGCACCAAGCACCUCAUCCCUAACAACGCCGCCGGACUCACCUACGCGGCGCGCGACUACUCCGCCCGCGAGGAUUACGGCGGGGGCGACGGAGCCGCUGGCGGCGGCAGCGGCAGCGGCAGCGACCCGUUCGAGGGGUUUCCCGACGCGGUGCUGGGGCUGAUCGUGUCCAAGCUGCCCUUCCGGUCCGCGGUCGCGGCCUCGGCCAUCUCGCGCCGGUGGCGCGGCGCUGUCGCCGCUGCGCCCGCGCUGGACCUCGACUUCGCCGCGGCGUUCCCCGCCGCACCGCGCCGCAGGGCGGCGUUCGCGGUCGCCGUCACCGCCGCGCUCGGGCCGUGCUCCGCUCCGCCGCACCCGCUCCACCGCCUCCGCCUCGCACUCGAGGGCCUCUUCAACCAGGCGUUCGCCGCCUCCGCGGCCGCGGCGCGCGGCGUCGAGCGGAGCUCCGCAACCUGA